AUGGACUCGAUCGAUCCAACGUCGCCUACAGUCGACUCGUAUCCUCACACUCCCACCACGCCGACUUCGCGGAAGCUGCCAAGCGACUUGCCUACUUCCCUCGAUGACCGUCGUAACUUCUCUAGCUAUGGCGGAGAGACCGAGAUAUACGACGGCUGGCAAGGCAAGAAGUUCCCGGUCUCGUGCCCUCGUCCCCCCUAUAUCACCGCCGCUACUCCUGCAAGACCUCUUGAUUUCGAUCUCCAUCUAGACACACCGGCGUAUGAUGAUGCCGAGACCUUUGCCCGAAUACAGGACAGCGACUCGAGAUUGAUGGAGAUGGUUGCUGCGCAAGCCCAACACAGGGAAGAAGGGAGCCCUGGACAAGAUGAAGAUGCCAUAGCAACCGACGACAAGCUAUCAGCUGCAGAAAAGAAAGAGAUACUGCAGAAGAGCCUUAACAUGGCCGCGAGCAAUGGAGACGUGGUUCGAAUACGGAAGCUGGUGGGAGGAAGCGCGAAAGAGUUUGUGGACGUCAACCAGCCGGAUGAGGAUGGCACUGUACCUUUGAUAUAUGCCAGCUGUUUUGGACACCACGAAGUCGUAGCAGCACUCCUCGACGCUGGUGCCGUGGUAGACAAGCAAGACAGAAACCAGUGGAGUGCGUUGAUGUGGGCGAUGACCAAUCGUCACAAGCAGAUCGCAAAACUCCUUCUCGAUCAUGGAGCCGAUCCCGAUAUCAAAUCAUCUUCCGGAGGAACAGCCCUAGACUUCCUCCAGCCAGGCUCUGAUUUCUCUCUUUAUUUGCAUGAAAAUGGCUAUCACUUCGGCGGUACAAAUCUAGACGACGACGACUUUUAUAAUCCAGGUUUCUCGCAAGACCGCUUCGAGGAGGAAAUGGCCGAGAACGAGAUGAAAAGAAGAAUGUUGAUGCAAGAGAGCGCCGCGAACUUGGAAGUAGAUUUGUCAACCCUUGGGUUUGAUGAACAACCAGAGUCUCCUACUGGGUUCGAUUCCGACGAAGAAGAGGAAUUCAUCUGGGAUCGAUGUAUAGGGGACCAGAUGUUUGUCUUUCAGACAGACAAGCUCGAUGCUAUUCUUGACCUCAUUAUCACCAACAUGACUCCUCAACGUUCUCCGUCACAAAAGCCAGUGCCUGCGAACCUGAUAUUCUUGAUGGCGAGGUAUGCUCACUACCACAUGACUGCUUCCCUCCUCGACGAGGUUUUAACGAAAGCAAUGGACCUCAUCAACGAUGUUGUGGAAAGAUCCCAGUGGGAUAUGACCAUGCUCGCAUUCUGGAUCUCCAAUGCGACGUUGUUGCUACAUUAUCUCAAGAAAGACGCUGGUCUUGUUCAGGCGACGUCCAAGUAUCAACUUGAGCUGGCAGAAUUGAUCAAUGAAACUUUCAUUCUCAUCAUUCGAGAUGCCGAGCGAAGAAUGAACAAGGUUCUCGACAUAGCGAUGCUAGACCACGAGACCAUUCCCGGCUUGUCAGACAUUGCAUUCCAAGGAGAAUGGAAGGUUUUCAAGUCGAAGCCUAAGACCAAGGAAGAAGACCCGGAGAAACGGUUCCGGCCGCCGUCUCCGAAGCGACGAGCUCAAACAUCGCCUCGUAACAUAACGUCGCUCCUUUCAUCGACACUUUUUGUGCUUGACCUUUACGAUGUCCACUCUGUCAUCACUUCUCAGAUAUUAGCACAACUGAUAUAUUGGAUUGGGGCCGAACUCUUCAAUCGGGUCAUGACCACCAAGAAAUAUCUAUCCAGGACGAAAGCCAUGCAAAUCCGCAUGAAUAUCUCGGCCAUUGAAGACUGGGCCCGGGCAAACAAUCGACAGCCCGAACAUUAUGAGAAUGGGUCGACGACAUCAACUGGUGAGACUACAGUCGAUGCGGCCAGACGUCAUCUUUCUCCCAUAAUCCAACUUCUUCAAUGGUUACAGUGCUUCAGUUCUCUCGGGGACGACCACGAGUCAUUGGUGGGCACACUCGUCCAGUUGCAGCGACUGAGCCCUACUCAACUGAUCCAUGCUGUGAAGAACUACCGAGCGGAAGUGGGUGAGAAGAGUUUGCCUAAAGCCCACAUGAAAUUUCUCGUUCAGCUCCAAAAAGGUGAACAGUCUCUGAUCAAACGACCGUUGACACCGCAAGUUGAUACUCCAGAACCUGGGACGGAGACUCCAACUAAGCAGAAUGGAGAUGAGGCUGACGCUGCUGCCAAACUGCCCGGGACCCCGCAGAGCACGGUUCCGCCGACACCAUCCUCACCAGUUGAACAAGACACGGAUCCGCCAAUGAACCGAAAUGCCUUGACCUUGGAUCAGUCUCUUAUGCUACCAUUCUCGCUCCCUACAUCGACAGACAUGCUCAUCACCUAUGGUGCAGGAAUUGGCGGGGUCAACAGGGAACGAGCGAGAAAAUAUAUUCCCACGGUACCGACGGAGGUUUUGAGUAAGCUCAACCUAGAUGGCGAGGGUGUUCGGCGCAAGGGUAGUAUCGGAAGUUUAGGAACCACAGUCCAAGGCUGGCGAACCGGUGGCUUUUGA